UACAGAGAGCUGCUUGAGCGUCACUUUGCACCCGGCACUGAUCUUCUGACAAUACAACAAUCUGCUAACAUUUGGUUGAUGAGAAUGGACUUUGUUUUUGAGUUUCCACGGCCCACCAUGCCUAACGUGGUCUUCAUGGGUGGCUUUCAAUGUCAGCCGGCUCAAGCACUUCCUACGGAGCUGGAAGAGUUUAUACAGGGCUCUGUGGAGCAUGGAGUAUCCAUCAUGUCCUUGGGAGCAGUAGUCAGUGCUCUUCCUACAGCAAUCACAGAAGCCAUUGCUACAGCCUUUGCUGAGAUCCCUCAGAAAGUCUUGUGGAGGUACCAAGGGGAACAACCUUCAACUCUAGAAAACAUCACUUUAAUUCUAGAGUGGUUUCCACAGAAUGAUCUCCUGGGGCAUCCAACAACUUGUGUGUUUGUAUCUCACGGCGGCACCAAUGGUAUCUACAGUAUGAAGCUAUUUACCAUGGAGUCCCCGUCUCAGCUUUGCCACUCCUCUUUGACCUGUUUGACAAUGUUCUGCGACUGCAGGUUCGAGGUGCGGCUCGAGUGCUUCAAGUCACAGUGCUCACCUCGCAAGAGUUCCUCGAAGCCCUCAAAGAUGUCCAAACUGUCAGAGCUUAAUUGUGAUCGGCCCUGUCUCCUCUCGAUAGCACCACUUUUUGGAUUGAGUACGUUAUUAGACACAAAGGAGCAGCUCACUUUCACUCAGAGGGGAAUAAUUUGCCUUGGUACUCUUACCACAACAUAGAUAUGUUGGCCUUUCUGCUGACGUUCACUGUGAUUGCUCUUUUGACCUUAGCAUAUGUCUGCAAGCUUUUGUGUUGCAGGAAGUCAAUCAAAAAGAGGAAGGUGGAAUGAACAUCUGAUAUGUACUUUUUGAAAAGCUGAUGAAACACUGAAUUAAAUGCAGUAGCCAAAUAUCAGUUCAGUUUUUUUUUCCUACCCAACUCUGUUCCAAAACAUGUACUGCUAAUAUUAUUCCUGUAGCAUAGUGCUAG